AUGCCUCUCAAACCUUCCUCCCGUAAGGGCGCCAAGAAGGACCUUCAGCGGGCUUUCCUCGAUAGCGCUACACAACAGACAGAUUCUAACCCCUAUGCCUUUGGUGCAGAGAUCAAAACCGAGAUGUCUUCUCCCACUCCCGCUUCUGUCGCCAAUGGCGAGAACGAGAGUGAGUACAAUUUUGACUUGACUCCUGUCCCAGACUCAGUCUCAGCCCCAUUCCCAUGUACCGAGGAUGAUCUUACAUUAUGUCACGCACCCACUGCCGAUCCUACUGGCUACCCUAUCUUUGUUUCCCGAAAUGGACUCUGGGACUGGUAUUAUCUUGCCUCUAACAACAACACUAUAGAGUCUUCCGCUACCCCUGCCAAUGAAACAACCAACGGAACUACCAAGAACACGAAGAGUGAGUUUGCCAAUGGUCUCAGUCUUUCCCCGAAUCAGUUUCCCUGUACCGAGGACGACAUCACCUUGUUUCCUUGUCCCAACCCUGGUCCCAAUUCUGCGAACAAUCCCACUUUCUCUUCUCAAAAUGGACGUUGGGAAUGGAUCUUUCUCCCCUCUAACACGGAUACAGAGUCUUCCCCUACCAAGGUCAAAAUGGAGAACAUCCCUGAGGCCAGCCCAAGGGUUCAGCGACCGAGCAACCCCAUCUCCACUACAUUCUCCGCCGCCGAUCUGGACCGCUUCAUCUUCCCAUACGGUACCCACGACAGCGAUGAUGAUAUCUCCUCUGUGCCCUCGCUGGUUGGAAACAUGGUGGAGCAAGCCAGAACUGCGAAGCAUGUGAGGUUCUUCAUGAACACUUCCCAUGACAAACACUUCGUCCCGAUCGAAGUGCCCGCUCUCACUGGAAACGAGAACUGGGACGCCUGGCUGGCCGCCAUGCGCCUGCUCUUCCGCCAGCACUCAGUGUGGCCUAUCGUGACUGCGGAGCUUCAGCCACUGUCUCCAGGUCACAAUCUGUACCUGUGGUACCAGCGCAUGUGCGAUUGUGCAGUCGCCCUCAUCUACGCCAACGUCUCCGAGGAGGUCCGCAAGACUCCUUGCUUCAUGAGCACCGUACGCGAAGAUGAUGCUGAUGUUCUGAUGUCUCAUCUGUACGCUCACUACUCCGAGCCUGAUUCAACUCACCCCCACGAGGAGUCUGAGCUUGAUUAG